AUGCUAUGGGCGAUCCGCACGACUCCCAAAGAUGGGACCGGAGCAACGCCCUUCCACCUGGUAUAUGGUGGCCAAGCGGUCAUCCCUGUUGAAGUCGAGGUUGAAUCCAACCGGAUAUAUCACUACAACGAAGACAACGCCGAGCGGAGGUGUCUGGAGCUAGACUUGGUAGAUGAAGCGUGCACUAAAGCGGUCGUCUGGCUGAUGGCAUACCGACAGAGGAUGAAGCAGAGCUACAAUAGGAGGAUGAUUCCAAGAUCGUUCAAAGUAGGUGAUCUGGUAUGGAAGAAGGUAAAGCAGUCGGCGAUGUCACCAAGCUAG